AUGGGCGCCGGCCACGACUACUACGAGCGCGGCAACGUGGACAUCUUCAGCGGCCGGGCGCCCUGCCUGCCGUCGCCGCCGUGCCGGAUGAACCUCACCUCCAACGGCUACGGCCCGCACCACGGCUGGUACUGCAAGUCCGUGGACGUCACCGCCACGGGGCGCCACGACGCCACGUGCGCCAAGGCCGGGUUCGGCGUCGAGCAGUGGCUCGCGAGCGACGCGCCGCCGUACCAGCUCUACGCCGAGCGUAGCUUCUGCGCGAAGAGUGACGCGGAUGAGUGA